GAUUUUGGACUUUAGUGGAGCUUGUGCUGCCAUUGACUAAAAAGAAAAAACACGCAGAGAUGGGCUUUUAUUUUUCAACUGAGACAUGGACCCUCCUGGUGGCUUUCAUCACACUGACCAUUGUGUAUGUCUGCUGGCCAUUUGCUACAUUUAAGAAAAUGGGCGUCCCUGGUCCAACACCAAUCCCUUUUUUUGGGACCAUGUUGGAAUAUAAAAAGGGAUUCACUGUCUUUGAUGAGAAUUGCUUCAAGAAAUAUGGAAAAACAUGGGGCAUAUUUGAUGGCCGUCAGCCCGUGCUGUGCAUCACUGAUCCGGCCAUGAUCAAAACUGUUCUGAUAAAGGAGUGUUACUCUCUCUUCACCAAUCGCAGAAACUUCCGUCUGAACGGGGAGCUUUACGAUGCUGUGUCAAUCGCUGAGGACGAUCAGUGGAGGAGGAUCCGCAGCGUUCUCUCUCCCUCCUUCACCUCAGGGAGACUGAAGGAGAUGUUUAGCAUAAUGAAGCACCACUCGGCUAACCUGCUCAGCAGCAUGAAGAAGAAGGCAGACAAGGAUGAGCCCUUAGAGAUGAAGGAGUUCUUUGGACCCUACAGUAUGGAUGUAGUGACCAGCACAGCCUUCAGUGUCGACAUUGACUCACUCAACAACCCCUCAGACCCUUUUGUCACAAACAUCAAGAAGAUGCUGAAGUUUGAUUUUUUUAACCCUGUCUUCCUCACUGUUGCUUUUUUUCCCUUCAUGGGUCCUAUUUUUGAGAAGUUGAAUUUUUCAUUUUUCCCUACUUCGGUCACUGAUUUCUUUUACGCUGCACUGCAGAAGAUCAAGACUGGUCGAGAGCAAAGCAAGCAAAAGAGUCGAGUGGAUUUCCUUCAGCUGAUGAUUGACUCCCAGAAAACCCACGAUUCCAGUGAAGUGGAAGAGGACAAAGGUUUAAGCGAUCAUGAGAUCCUCUCUCAAGCGAUGAUUUUCCUGUUUGCUGGCUAUGAAACAAGCAGCAGCUCUCUCAGUUUCUUGGCUUAUAAUCUGGCGAUAAACCCUCAUAUCAUGAAACGGCUGCAAGAGGAGGUGGACUCCACUUUCCCUAACAAGGGUCCUGUUGAGUACCAGGCUCUGAUGGAGAUGGCGUAUCUAGAUGGCGUCAUCAACGAGUCUCUCCGAUUGUACCCAAUUGCCCCACGUCUGGAGCGUGUGGCCAAGGCGACUGUGGAGAUAAAUGGCCUUGUGAUUCCCAAAAAUAUGGUAGUGAAUGUACCCACAUGGACCCUUCACAGGGACCCUGAUCUGUGGCCCGAGCCAGAGGAGUUCAAACCUGAGAGGUUCAGCAAGGAAAACAAGGGGAAUAUUGAUCCGUACACAUACAUGCCUUUCGGGGCAGGACCCAGGAACUGCAUCGGGAUGCGAUUUGCUCUGGUGAUGAUGAAACUAGCAUUGGUGGAGAUCCUGCAGAGGUACAGCUUCUCUGUGUGUAAGGAGACUGAGAUACCCUUGGAGAUGGACGUCCAGGGUCUGCUGAUGCCAAAACGUCCAAUUCAGCUGAAGCUGGAGGCACGUUCUUAAUCCUUAAACUGAAAAAAACAAGAAUAUAAAGGUUAAUCAUUUGAGCUUUUAUGCAUACAGACCUAUUGUAAAUAAUUACAAAAAUGUUACCAAGGUAAAAGUACAGUUGUGUGUGCAAUUGUAUCAGUUACUUCUGUUUUUCCUGUCAAAGCUUUAAUGUCAAAAUACAUUGUGUCACAAAUGGAUAAUUUGUAAAGCCUGUGUUAAAGAUAAAAUAAAUGGAUUUUUUC